UGUCAUGUGAUCAUCUGUGUCCAAUCACAGCUGAUCGCAUGGGACAUCUACACUGAUCAUCAGGGCACUGAUGAUCCAUGCCCUGAUGAUCAGUGUAGCCCCAUCAGUGCCACCUGUCAGUGCCUAUCAAGGCCACCUGUCAAUACCCAUCAAUGCCACAUACAAGUGCCCAUCAGUGCACAUCAAAGCCACAUAUCAGUGCCUACCAGUGCACAUCAAUGCCACAUAUAAGUGCCCAUCAGAGCUGCCUUUCAGUGCCAGUCAGUGGUGCCUAUCAGUUCCAGUCAGUGAUGCCUAUCAGUGCCCAUCAGUG